AGGUAAAAUCGGCUACUGAAAGAGAAAAUUGAGGCUUUUGUAACUUUUAUUGUUAAAGUACUUGGGUAGUAAUGUUAAGCAGAUAAUUGAAUUAUUAGAGAUGUAAUGUAAUGUAUGAUUUGUGCUUUUCAGGUUUAUAUUGAUACGGUCGGAGAUCCAGGGAAAUAUGAGGCAAAAAUGUCUAAAAAUUUCCCAUCUAUCAAAUUUGUGGUUGCUAAGAAAGCUGAUAGUCUUUAUCCUGUUGUCAGUGGUGCAAGUAUAGCUGCAAAGGUUACGAGGGACCGAGCUGUAAGAGAUUGGGUGCUCGAUGAGACUGCUGAUAAUAUACACAGGAACUUUGGUUCUGGAUAUCCUGCAGAUCCCGCAACCAAGUCUUGGCUAGAAAAUCACAAACAUUCUAUCUUCGGUUUUCCAACAUUGGUUCGGUUUAGUUGGGGAACUUGCAGCACUUAUUUUAAAAGUGGUGCUGAAGUUUUAUGGUCUUAAACCCUAACUAUUAAAGACUUUGUUUGUUCAAAAUUUCUCAAACCUCAAAGAAUUUUUGAACCUUUCAUUACUAGUAAGUUAUUUUUUUCCAUUCGGUAAUGUUAUUCCUAACAAAAAAUGGUUAUUUCUACUCUAGUUUCUUAUUUAAUAAAUUUUUCUUCUUCUAUUUUAAAUUUUGCUCUACCUUGCUAAUUGGUACUACUUUCCCUAUUCUUUCCAUGAUAUUUUCGUUUUGAAUGCAGGGGAUGAAACAUAAAAUGAGUGUUAAAUUGGUUUUAAAUUUGGGUGGUUAGAGGUUUUCAUUAUAUAGAAUGCCAAGAUGAGAAGCUUUUGGUAUUUCUUAUGACAUGAUACUAAUCUGUGUGUUCGACAAGGAUCAAAAUGGUUUCAUCACUGCAGCUGAGCUCUGUCAUGUUAUGACAAAUCUCAGCUAAAAGCUGAAAUAUGAAGAGGUUGACGAGAUGAUUCGCGAAGUUGAUGUUGACGGUGAUGGUCAGAUCAACUAUGAGGAGUUCGUUAGAGUCAUGAUGGCUUAUUUGUUUUUAAAAUAAUGUGUUUCAAAUAUUGUGUAUAAUUAAAUUUUGAUUUUUAAUGUCAAUAACGGCUGAAUGCUUGCCCUUGGUCUUAUAGGAAUAAAUAAAUUUGGGACUGCUCUAGUUUUAUUGUGUAAGUGUCAUGCUACUAUCACUUCCCUCAGCGUGGUUGAUACCCAUAAGAGGUCUUUGAUAC